GUGGCGAGCGCGUUCGCGGCGUACGGACACUACUUGGGUCUCGUCUUGGUCGUCGGGGCGCUGACGACGGAGAAGUGGACGGUGAAGGCUGGGAUGAGCGAAGCGGAGGAACAGCGACUCGUCGUCGCGGAUUCCAUCUACGGCAUCGCGGGAGUGCUGGUGCUGUACACCGGGUACCUGCGAGCGACGGAAUACGGUAAAGGAUGGGAGUUCUACAGUCAUGAACCGAUUUUCUGGGUGAAGAUGUGGCUGUUCACCGUGAUGGGGAGCUCGUCGUUGUUCCCGACGAUUAAAAUUAUCGGACGCGCGGCGGCCAAGGCGAAGGGCGAAGUGGAGCCGAUGAGCGAAAAGUUGGCGACGCGAAUCACGAAGAUUGUGAACGGCGAAUUGCUCGCGGUGUGCUCGAUUCCGCUCGCGGCGGCGUUGAUGUCUCGUGGGGUGGCGUACGCGCCGGAUAUGCCUUGGCAAGCGGGCGCGGCGCCCAUCGCGUUGACGUCGCUCGGGCUCGGCGUCAAGUACGUCAAGGAGGCGUUGACCUGGGAAGAAGACUAA